UCCAAAUAUAUAACCCCCAACGUUUUUAGCUUGCAUUGCAGGCUGGGAAAACAAUUAUGGGAAAGAAACUUGACGCUUUGCUGGGAAGAAACUUUAAGGCUUCCAAAUUCAGAACUUAUGUUAAUCUUGCAAUCUCAAGGAUAGCAUUCCUUGAGAAGCAGCAUCGAGUUCGAUGUCAACAAGCAAGGUCUGACGUUGUUCAGCUUCUCAACCUUAGCCAGAAAGAACGAGCUCUGCUUCGUGUUGAACAUGUCAUCAGGGAGCAAAACAUGUUGGAUGCCUAUGUUAUGAUUGAAAACUACUUCAAUCUACUGAUGGAGAGGAUUGUUAUCCUUAAGAAUAACAAGUUCGUUACAUUACAAUGUCCUGAUGAGCUCAAGGAAGCCAUAUCAAGUCUGAUCUUUGCAGCUCCAAGGUGUGGAGAAUUGCCAGAGCUACAAAAGAUUCGUGGGCUAUUCACAUCAAGAUAUGGGAAGGAACUUGAGACUUGUGCUGUCGAACUUCGCAACAACUGUGGAGUAAAUCCUAAGAUCGUAAAGAAACUAUCCACUCGAAGACCAAGCUUGGGUAGCAAACUGAAAAUGCUGAAGGAAGUUGCUCCUAUGCAUGAUAUCAGCAAUCUGUUUGAGGGAGGAUCUUCUUGGAUCUUUGAUAAGAAAAUUGAUGCAGAUAAACAGCAAAGGCAACAUGAGGGCAAGCCCCAAAUAUCGGCUAACUUAGAGAAUGCCAAGCUUGAAGAUGCCAACCAAAAUUUGGCUUUUAAGAUGAAGCUGUAUGAAAAAUCAUCUGAAAGAAAGAAUGCUAGGAAAAAGUAUAGAGAUGCAGAGAGUGCAGCUGAAGCAGCAUAUAAAUUUGCAGCUGAUGCAGCAGAAGCUGCAAGAGCUGCUGUGCAACUAGCACGACCUCAUCAGAAUGAUCCUAAUUUUCCAAGCUCUUCCACUCAAGAAACUAAUGUAUCCGAUGUUAACGAAUCAUCAAAAUUUAGACGUAAGACUGAUGGCAGUGCAACUUGGAAGGAAAAUAAGAAAGGUAAUACUGGACAUGAUCCGUACCAAAUGAAUGCUAGAGGGAUUCUGAGCUCUAAACAAGGAGGUGGAGAAAUAUCUGAUAACAAGAAUAACAGCCAUCACGAAGAAUCUGAAGAGAGAUACAAGAUAACAGAAUUAGAGAAGUUACUACAUGGUUUGAGUUUAGAAUCAAGCAAUGGCAACUUUACUGCGCCAUUGAAGUGCCAAGAGAAGUUGAGUUUAGAGAAGAAUUCUUCUAGCCUGCAAAAAGCUCAAGCAGAUAAGGUAAAACAUACAUUAGAAGGAAAAUCAAACAUGGUAAAUUCAUACAAUAAGGACUUUUCAGAGAAAUCUGGUCCAAAUCGUCCAAGCUUUGGCAGGAAACCUCAUUCAGUAAGGACUAGACGAUCUUAUAGGAUGAGAAGCAUGUGA